AGUGGAAUUCAAUCCCAACUUCUAGCAGAGCAAAGCCGUGACUCAGGUCACACAAUUAUGAAUGAGAUCGAACUCCAUCCGAUAUGAAUCUCCACGAAUAACGCUGCCUUUUUUUUUUUUUCGAGAGAAAAAUAAGGCUGCCUUGACUGUCAAGUCUUCUUCUGCGAUCACAAUUCACAAGCUCAAAAAUACACUAGCGAGUGAAACCUUCUUUUAUUCGACAAACUAAUCAAAGGUCUUCGGAAACCCAGUUGCAGAUAUGGUCAGGGCACGUCCCUGCGACACCGAACGCGACGAUGAGUCCACCUCUGACGGUGUCAAAGACGAGGAUGAUGGUGUACCUGAAUACGAGAGGCAGAGAUUAUCUAGGAUUAGAGAAAACAGAGAGCGAUUGGAAGCUCUCGGUUUGCCCAUUCUCGCUUCGAACUUGCUGGGUUCUUUUAAGAAGCAGUAUAAGCGGAAGGGGAAAGGAAAGAAAUCUAUAGAUGAGGAGUACCAACCCUCGUUUGAUGAAGAUGAUGGAGCGAGUACUUCGAGCGAGGAGGACAAUGAAGAGGAAGAUGGCAAGGUUGGAGUUGAUGUUCCUUCUGGGUCUUCUCGAGCUUCCACUCGUAAGGGAAAGAGUAAAGGUUCUUUAAGGACUGGGAAAGCUAAGAAAACAGUCACUCUUCAAAAGCAUGCGAGCGAAUCAAAUUACAUUGAUGAUGAUGCAGCUGUACAGAAGGCAAUUGCACUUUCACUUGAAGGCUUGACAGGAGUCUCAGAUAUGGAGAGGAGAGAGGGCCACAUUCAGGAUGAUGGUGGAAAGAAGAAAAGAAGAAAAAAACAAACUGCCCGAGUGCAAAUGACUGAGGAUGAAGUGAUAUUACAUUUCUAUCAAUUUGAUGGUAAAAGCAUUUCCUCUUUCCUGUUACUGUUCUUGUUGCCUAUUAUAAUGUCUCAGUACGGGUUGGGUUGGGUUGCUUUGAGCCCUAGCUCUGCCUAUCUGGUAGGCUUAUCAAUAACCUGGCCUCACAAACUCUUUUUUUUUUUUUCCCGAUUUUGGGCCAGUUGGGUCACGUUGUCCUAUUUAAAAUGUAUCUUAACAUAUGAUGUAUACACAGUAAAUACCUUCCAUACAUUAUUCAACAACCCCAACCUACCUUAGCUCUAUCUUGGGUUGACAUUCCCAAAACCCAACCCAGCCAGGACAAAAGAUUAGGUUGGGGUCCAAUCACACCUAGAUUGGCUCAGCCCGAGGUUUUUCAGAUCAGAGUAUAUAUCACAAAAGUUUGUUGACAAGCUCUUUUUCUUAUGAUGCAUACCUUGUAGACCAUCAUGACAGUCUAUAAGGACAGUAGGCAUACACUUGGCUUCUGUAUGUUGGAAUGGCAUUCACCUUCCAGUGUUCAUCUCCUCGACAUUAUUACCUGAUGUUUUAAUCGUUUUAAUCAGCUAUCAGGACAUUUGAUUUUCCCUGAUUUCUUUGCCUUAAUCAUGAUGGACCAUUGAUGGGUUUCUAGAAGCCUAAGAACUUAGGUUAAAAACUCAAUAAUAUUCCUGCAUUGGGUGAAGAAGAAAAUAACUAGAUUCAAGAGAAUCUAAUUAUACAUCAAUCAACAAUUCAGAUUGAAGUGAAAUUUUGGUUGAAGGUCUUCUUAUGGUCAAGAAAAACUCCACAAAGAAGAGCCUGAUCCAAUAGUUGGAUCUUAUGAACCAGUCCUGUUUUAGAAUUAGCAACUUAAGAUCCUAAAAACUAGGAACUUAAGUAACUCACAAAGUACUGGACAGAUACAAAUCAACUUCGGGUCGAUUGCAACUCUUAGAACAGUAAAUAACUUGGCAAACUCUGAAGCAGAUCUGAUGGCUACAUCUGUCUCAGCCACUCUUUGUAUCAUGAUCAGAAAACCACUCAAAAACAGAGUAUCGCAGGUCAUAAAAGCACAGGAAAACUGAAAUAAAUAGACCUGAUUAAAUCUCAGUUCAUCAAGGAUAUGCCCUUAGAAAACCCAGUAGAACAAUGGUUCAAUAAGUGAUAAACUGAGAAUAAUCGAAGGAGAAACAAACUAAAAAUAAGAUCUGACCUAAUUGCAGAACUUCAGCACCGAAAAAGGGGUUUAGAAAAGUGGGAUAUGACCAGACCUCUCUUUUAAAGGGCGUACCCAGUGCACGAGGAUCCCGCUACUGCAGGGUCUAGGGAGGGGCAUAUGUACAUGUCUGUACCCCCACUUUUUGUGUGGAGAGACUGUUUCCUUGUUCGAAGUCGCGACCACCAGGUUGCAAUAGAGCAACCUUACAAACCAUCUCUUUUAUUAAAACAAAUUGUUCGGAGCUCAAUGGCUAAACUACAUAGAACACUAUCCAUUCAGAGCAGGCUUGAUCUGGCUCUUGAUCACAACACCUGUCAAUGCAUGUGAUUUCUCUUCUGAAGACUAUGACCAGAUUUGGAUGAAGCCGUGAUGUUUUGUGUUUGAAGAUCAGAUCUAGUGGUGUUUAAGGCUUGGGAUCAAGUCUUGUUGCUGUUCGGAGGCUGUGAUAUGUUCCUUGUUACCUUUUGGUGAUUUGUGAUUGAUUUUAGCCUUGAAGCUGAGAAAUGGAGGCCGAAUCUACAACAAUGGAUGGUGGUCGGAAUGACAAUCAAGUUCAGAAUACAGUUAGCUCUGGAAAUGGUCACAAUGACAAUCAUGCGGUGAUGAUUCUAUUGUGAAACUUAAUGGGAGAAAUUAUCUUAAGUGGGCUUAGUCUGCCAAUAUUUUGUUGGGAGUUGAAGGUGGUUGAUGGGCUAUAUAAUGGCAAGGUGAAGGAGCCAAAAGAAGAGGAUUCUUCUUAUAUGUUUGCACCCUAUUUUCGAUCAGUCUAUCCGACAAAAAAAAGGGCAUGUGUGAAGGGAUUGACUAGCCCGCCAUUCGUUUAUUGACUGAUAAAUGAGGACCUUGUCUUAAGGAGUUGAUCGGCAAGCCGACCGAUAAAUGGAGACAAUUUGUUAAGGAGUUGAUUGGACAAGUUGACCAAUCAAGCUAAUCGAUAAAUGAAGACCCUUUGUUAAGGAGUUGAUUAUUCAGCUGACCAAUCAGGUUGAUCGAUCAGGCUGACCGAAUAUGGUUAGGUUGACUAAUACACAGGGUAGCCCAGGGUGGAGUUCAUAUUGACAAGAGUUGGCUCUAGGGAAGUUACAUGUGUGCAAUUUUAAUGGUUUGAACAGUUGUAACUAUUCUUAUGAGUGGGCUAUUGCGGUUAUGAAAAUUUUAAGGUAUAAAAGGAACUCUAACGGAAGAGAGAAGCAUCUCCAAUAGAUCAGAGAACAUCAUGCAUUUAUCUUUUUAUUUUUCUUUUUAGUUAUGUCAAGUAGGUUAGUCGUUUCUUAGCAAAGACCAUGACGGCCCGUGUUUCGUCAUGAUAAUCUCAGUUAUUAUUCAUGGCAGGUCAUGUUUUGCCAUGAUUGUUUUUCCAUUAAGAUGGAUGUUGUACCAAUCAUGGUGGCCCGUGUUUGGUUAUGAUUAUUUUCCAUUAGCAUGAAUUAUCUUCUUCUUCUUCUCCCUUAUGAGUUUUGUUUUUCCUUUAAAGUCCUUAAAGCAAUCGGGGCACUGUAAGGAUCUCAUUUUCUCCCUGAUUAGAAAUUGGAUUUUAUUCCAUCACAUUCCAUUGAGUCUUACGACUCUGGCACGCCUACACAUUGUUAGUAAAAAAUUUGGCAUACAUAAAUUGGGAUUGUGGGCUGCCAAAAUAUGUUCGUAAAAAAUUCUACAAGUGAACCUAUAGGAGGUUCGUAUUAGGAUUGCGGUCGUACCAUAGUUGUACAGACACGAAAAUGUAUUUCUGACUUCUAAUCAGGCGAUUGUGGGUUCGGUCCCACCAGGUGUGCCAAUUUAUGUUUGGCAAAUUUUUAACGAACACAUCGUGGAUAGUGAAGUGCGUGGAUUUACUAUAGUCGUAAGACUCAACGGAAUGUGAUGGAAUAAGAUUCAACUUCUAAUCAGAAGAGAAAAAAAGAUUCUUCCAAUGCCUCGAUUGCUUCAAGGACUUUAAAGGAAAAACAAAACUCAUAAGGAAAAAUAAGAAGGAUAACAUAAUCCAUAUUAAUGAAAAACAAUCAUGGUAAAACAUGGAUUGCCAUGAAUGAUAACUGAAGCUAUCAUGACAACACAUGAGUCGUCAUGGUCUUUGCCAAGAAACGACUAAUCUACUUGACAUAACUGAAAAUAAAAAGAUAAAAUGCAUGAUGUUCUUUGAUCUAUUGGAGAUGCUUAUCUCUUCAGUUGGAGUUCCAUUUAAACCUUGUGAUGCGGAUCCGGAUUCCAAGGGCCGAAAUCGGAUCGCUUAUGGCCCACAAGAAUGACCAAAAUCUCAAAUUUAAUGGUUGAAGGGUAUUCUUGUAAUUUCAGA